AUGGAGUUACUCGGGAAGCCCAGGAGCCAGAGAGCUGCUUUUCUGCCUCUCUGCUUGCUCUUUUUGAAGAUUCUGCACCCAGGACACAGCCAUCUUUACAGCAGCCGCUAUGCGGGUGAUAAGGUGAUAAGACUUAUUCCCAAUACAGAAGAGGAAGCAUAUGCACUGAAGAAAAUAUACCAGCAACUGAAGGUGGACCUGUGGCAGCCCAGCAGUAUCUCCCAGGUAUCAGAGGGAACAGUUACUGAUGUCCAUAUUCCCCACAAUGAUUCCCGAGCCCUGUUAGCCUUCCUACAGGAAACCAACAUCCACUACAAGAUCCUCAUGGAAGAUCUUCAGAAAGUGCUGGAAAAGGGAAGCAGUUUGCCAACCCAGAGAAGUCGAAGAUCCGUCUCUGGAUAUAAUUAUGAAGUUUAUCACUCCUUAGAAGAAAUUCAAAAUUGGAUGCAUCAUUUGAAUAAAACUCAUUCAGGCCUCAUUCACAUGUUCUCUAUUGGAAAAUCAUAUGAGGGAAGAUCUCUUUUUGUUUUAAAGCUGGGCAGAAGAUCACGAGCUUACAAAAGAGCUGUCUGGAUAGACUGCGGUAUUCAUGCAAGAGAAUGGAUUGGUCCUGCCUUUUGUCAGUGGUUUGUAAAAGAAGCUCUUCUAACAUAUAAGAGUGACCCAACCAUGAGAAAAAUGUUGAAUCAUCUGUAUUUCUAUAUCAUGCCUGUGUUUAACGUUGAUGGAUACCAUUUUAGCUGGACCAAUGAUCGAUUUUGGAGAAAAACAAGGUCAAGGAACUCAAGGUUUCGCUGCCGUGGAGUGGAUGCCAAUCGAAACUGGAGGGUGAAAUGGUGCGAUGAAGGAGCUUCCAUGCACCCUUGUGAUGAUACGUACUGCGGACCUUUCCCAGAAUCUGAGCCGGAAGUGAAAGCUGUAGCGAACUUCCUCCGAAAACACAAGAAGCACAUAAGGGCUUACCUCUCUUUUCACGCAUAUGCUCAGAUGUUGCUGUAUCCCUAUUCUUACAAAUACGCAACAAUCCCCAAUUUUAGCUGUGUGGAAUCUGCAGCUCAUAAAGCUGUGAAGGCACUUCAGUCGGUGUACGGCAUACAGUAUCGAUACGGGCCUGCUUCCAGCACACUGUAUGUGAGCUCUGGUAGCUCAAUGGAUUGGGCCUACAAAAAUGGAAUACCCUACACAUUUGCUUUUGAACUACGUGACACUGGGCAUUUUGGCUUUUUACUCCCAGAGAUGCUCAUCAAACCCACCUGUACAGAAACCAUGCUGGCUGUGAAGAAUAUCACAAUGCACCUACUAAGGAAGUGUCCCUGA